AAAGAAAAGAAAAGAAAAGAAAAGAAAAGAAAAAAAGAAAAGAAAAAAGAAAAGAAAAGAGAGAGAAAAGGAAAAAAAAAAAGAAGGAAAAGGACGGCAAUAACAACAGAACGUGGAAACUUUUCUCUCUGUCCGUUCCCCAAGUCCUGAAAAGCCGGGAUGGAGUUGGAGAAAACCUACGCGACCCCCCGGGCCGGCCGCACAGGACAUGGAGGCGUGAAUCAGCUGGGGGGUGUUUUUGUGAACGGCCGCCCCCUCCCAGAUGUCGUUCGCCAAAGGAUCGUGGAGCUUGCCCACCAAGGGGUCCGGCCGUGUGACAUCUCCCGGCAGCUCCGCGUCAGCCACGGCUGCGUCAGCAAAAUACUUGGCAGGUAUUAUGAAACCGGCAGUAUUAAGCCUGGAGUGAUUGGAGGAUCAAAACCAAAGGUCGCCACACCCAAAGUCGUUGAAAAAAUUGCAGAAUACAAACGCCAAAAUCCCACCAUGUUUGCCUGGGAGAUCAGGGAUAGACUCCUUGCUGAGCGAGUGUGUGACAAUGACACCGUGCCCAGCGUCAGUUCAAUUAACAGGAUCAUACGGACGAAGGUGCAGCAGCCACCCAAUCAGCAGGUCCCAGCCUCCAGUCACAGCAUAGCCUCCACAGGGUCUGUGACCCAGGUGUCCUCUGUCAGCACCGAUUCCGCCGGCUCAUCCUACUCCAUCAGCGGGAUCCUGGGAAUCGCCUCCCCCGGCACCGAGAGCAACAAGCGCAAGCGAGAUGAAGGUAUUCAGGAAUCUCCAGUACCAAAUGGCCAUUCUCUCCCAGGCAGAGAUUUUCUUCGGAAACAGAUGCGAGGAGACCUUUUCACUCAGCAGCAGCUAGAAGUGUUGGAUCGAGUCUUCGAGAGGCAACAUUAUUCCGACAUUUUCACAACAACUGAGCCCAUCAAGCCAGAACAGUGGUGCUCCAUGCUGAUGAGACAGUGCGUGGUACAACCGCAGGCAGUCAUUUUUCAGGCAACUGAAUAUUCGGCCAUGGCGUCGUUAGCCGGUGGAUUAGAUGACAUGAAGGCCAAUAUAACCAGCCCUACUUCUGCAGAUCUGGGAGCGAGCGUUCCCGGGCCUCAGUCAUAUCCUAUUGUCACAGGUCGCGAGCUGGCAAGCACAACCCUCCCAGGAUACCCGCCGCACGUCCCUCCCGCCGGACAGGGCAGCUACUCCGCUCCAGCGCUGACAGGAAUGGUGCCUGGGAGCGAGUUUUCUGGGAGCCCAUACAGCCACCCACAAUAUUCAACAUACAACGACUCCUGGAGGUUUCCCAACCCUGGACUCCUGGGCUCCCCGUACUACUACAGCGCUGCAGCCCGCGGGGCGGCCCCGCCAGCGGCCGCCACUGCCUACGACCGCCACUGACGCCGGAGCCCGGGGUGCGGGCGCUGACUGCGUGCACCGCCUGGACAACCGCAACGCAUCACCUUGCUGCAGCCACGGCAGCCGUGCUGCAAGGGAAGGAGAAAGUACCUAGUAGGAUUAUGCUAAUUGAAAUUUUGCUCUUUAAACUUGGCGAACUGAUUAUUGUUGUGUUCUUAAAGCUGGUCGUGUUGACUGGGUCUCAAAUGAAACAAAAAACCAGGAGGAAACAGUUCUCCUCAUGCUCUGUGUGAUCAAAAACACGCAGUAGCUUCAUGUCUUUUGCAGCCGGCUGGCUACUGCUUUAAUGGCCUGUGGGUGCCACGGCUGUAUCUGGGGAUAAGGAAGAGAUGUGAGCAGCCCCUCUUGGGGCGGCUUCCUCUUGCUGCACACUGAAACAGGCUGUGAGACUCAAGGCAAUUUUCUUUUUUUUUUCUUUUUUUUUUUUUUUUUGGUGGCAAAGAAAAAAAUCAGUCUGCUCAAUUUUACACAAGCACCACUGUAAAUACUUGCUUGUUUGUAUGAGAGUGGCUUAAGCAUAAACAGCAACACUGUACAAAUAUGAACUCAAAACGCAUCUGAAAAUGUGUUUGAAACUGGUGCACUGAUUCAAAGAAUUCAGUAAGCUUUAAGCAACUUUGAACCAGGUUAACACUCAUUGUGGCUAUAUUUCAGGCUGAUGUUAUUUCUGUAUAGAGCAUCCUAUCUGACAGUCGUGUGUGAUCACGCUCUAUGCUGGUAUCAAACACAUGGGCAACUGAAGACAUGGGCAGUUUUGUGAUAUUUUACUGCUUAACAUUCAUCUAUGUUAAUUUGUCGUCAUAAUGAGCACUGAAACAAAUUCUCUGGUUUCAAGUUAAGCAGCAUCCAAGAAGGAAUUCCUAAGUAGUAGUUGACACCUUACCUACAUCUCAAUAGAUUGUGUGCUAAAACCCAAUUAUGAAGACCCUGAGAGGAAUGGGGAGAAAUACCACGGUGAUGAUUUUUGUUAAACGGACGUACUGAGUGGGACGUACCGAGCGCGGGGCGGCCACACGCACUUUCUGAGGCAAAAGGGGAAGGCGCUUGAUUUGGGGAUCUGUGCAUUUCAGUGAAGGCAUUUCAAAUUCAAGCCGCCGUAGUCCAGACGUGCGCCUGGCACGAUUUUGCCCCGUUAAUUCCACAUUUCUUUCCUCCCACUCGGAGAGUGAGCACUAAUAGUGACCUGUCCUUCAAUGUGCGGCUUCCUGGGGAUAACGAAGAGAGGAGAGCGGUACAAAUGACCUGCCAAGCAGCCACACUGAUCAUGGCCACGUCAUGGAGCCAGAGCUGCUGAUUUGCCCCUGCAGCCGGCCCCUGCCCCAGGCCGAGGGGCAGCCGACCUCAGGCACGACCCCGUCCCCUCCUCCUGAGGGCAGUGGAGAAGCUCCCUGGCCCCGGUGAGAUGAAGAUCUGGCCACAGCCUCCUUAUCCCCGACCCGACCGUCCUUACCUGCCCCGAGCAGCGCAGGCAGCGCGGAGGGGUCCUGCUGGCGCCUGCCUCUGCGUGUGCUGCAGCUGAAGGAGGUUGUUGGGUGUUGAACCUGAGAUGCGUUCCUGUGGAUCAACAUUCAAGUACAAAAACUCGCUUCCAGCUGAAGAAGCAUUUCUGUGAAAUGGCAGUUCCUGAGUUAAUGCUCUUCUCUCUCCUCCUCCCUCCCCACCUCAUCGCUCGUGCUGUGUGUCUCAUGUCCUUAGUGGCCACUGACCCAUUGAGAAGCUCCCUCUCCAACUCCAGUGGUAUCUUUUCACCUUACGGAAACGCAGCCAUCGGUUCCAAAUUCCCAGGGCAGGUGUGUUCAGAUCCUCAAAAGCCAUGGAGGCAGCCAUGUCCCACCAACUUAAUGACAUUUCAGUGAGAUGUUCACAGAGCACAUCAGGGAUCUUGGCCGGAGUCCUUCAAACUGUGUCCCUAACCCAGAAGUAAGUUUUGUGACAAACUUACCAACAAGAAAAGUCCUGCUUUUCGUCUUUUAGCAAUUAAUAAUGAAUACACACCUGUUUUUAACUGAAGACAAAUAACAGCAUGGACAGUUUACACAGGGAACCUUCUGAAGCGUUGCUGCGGGGUCGUCCCUUUCGAGCACCCCGUGAUUGCUUGCACCCUGGUGACAAAGCUGCAAAGAGCGUUUCUGUCCCUGGAUGCUGGUCGCAUGGGGACUCCCCGCGAGCCCCUGGCCGAGGGGUGCACGCUGUCUGGACCUGAGCACACACACCAGCGCUGCGGGCUGCGAAGGGAUGAGGCCGCCCAGCGCCCUGGCAGAACAGAAAAGAAACGAGGGUUUGACCGCAGGCGGCGAUGCAGGCGAUGGCUCUGGAGCUGAGGUGGGCUGAGCUACACCAGCUACGGAGACACCACCCGCUUGGUGACCAGGCUGGGUGAAAACGAGUAUUUCUGUCUGCCAUGAGGGAACAGCAGCUCCCGUCGAUGGCGUGUGGGUCCCUCACCACUCUGUGUACUGCCCUGCAAACACGUUUCUUUUAUUUGUGUCCUCGGGGGCACGGCCUGUGUGACCUACGCCGAUUCAGAAGAGAAGACCAACAACAAGACUUGGGCAGAUGCUGGCGUGCUCGGGCUGGCGGUGCUUGUGGUUGGGCGGGGGACGUAGGAAAGGCACGGCGGGUGUAUUUCCCCUGAAGGAUGCAUGAUGGCGCUGGAUGAAGUGACCCGAGGUGCUCAGGCCUGGCUGGCCCUGCCGGGCACGGCGGUGGGCUCCAUCCGUGGCCAGGGGUGCGGGCAGGGACGACGCGGGUGCACAGGCUGCGUAGAGGUCCCGGCCAGAGGGGAAUCCCCAAACUCCCACCCUUGCACGUGCAGGGUGGGCACCUGCGCCCGGCCCAGCUCCCAAAGCAUGGCUCGCUCGGAUCUGCUGGGAUGGCUUCUCAGCAAGAAAGGCCCGUAAGAGUCGGCCCACUGAGUAUGCACGCCGCGCUUCUGGAAAAGACGCUUCUUGACAGUACUUUCCGGUUUUGAGAAUAUUUCACCUGGAGUUUACAAACUGCUUUCCUCAGGAGGUCUGGAUUUUCUGUCCGUAGUCUUCAUCGUGGGAAUCCUUCCUUGUGGGAGCGUUUUUGAAAGGCGCCGCUGGCAGAAGGUGGUCCUCUGGGAUGGUGGAGAUGGCCUGCUGCUGCCCCUCCGCUGCGGCCCCUCCGUGUCACAGGGGGUCCCUGGGUGAGGUGGAAGCUGGAAGCAAAUGGCCCCUUGGGGCUGUGAGGAGGGGAGAGAGCAAGACCAGCAUGGCGGUUUGGGGUGCGCUGCCUGCCCUUCGCUCGGGCAGGACACCCCGCAGUGCGUCACUGCAGAAAUCAGCCCCGUAAAGUGCCUUUAGGCAGUUUCAGCACUAAACUCUGUAAUGCGCUUGGCUAGACGGAGGGUUUUCAGUAGUAUGUGCUCCAGCAAUAAAUUCAUCAAGUACAGGCUGAGAAGUAAAAUCUGAGAGUUGGAGAGGGAAAGCGCUGGCGUCAGUCUAAAUCAACCACGAGCCCGGGUUACAUGAACUGACUUGUGGAGGAAACCCUCAGUCAGACGCUGUGAGAGCACGACCGUAAAGAAGACAUAAAACUCCGUGGGUGUUGAGUUUGCUUAGCGUCUGCGACCAAGGGUUCAGUUAUGGAGGCAUCAGUGUUAGGCAGCUCCACUGAGUGCAGAGCUCGGGAUGUCCCAGGACCGGAUCCGCAGACCAAAAGUUUUUUUUGUUCGCUGUCAAAUCAGAAAACUGCCCCAGGCUGCGGGAGCGUGGGGCCAGAGAGUGCGUGUUGGUGCAGAGACGCAGAGACGUCCAAGCAGUGCUCUGAUCCGCGCUGGGACCGCAGGCGUCGGGGCAGCCUCGGUGCUUGAGGCACUUGGGAAGGAGACAGCAAGGGAAGCAAUAGCGCCAGGAAAAGAAAACAGGAAAAAGGAAAAAGAAAAAAGGAAAAAGGAAAAAGAGGAAAAAGAAACACGCUGAGAGGUGGUUUUUGGAAGAAAGCCUUUCUGACCGGGGAGGGACAGUCCGUGGACCUCACAGCAGCGCAGUGCUGGGGCACCCCUCACCCCCCCCGGCUCCCUGCGGCCGAGCCCUGCGGUGCUGUGGUGCGAGGGCAGCGCCGUGGGCUCGCUGCGCCGGGUCAUGGCAGCCGCUUGCUGUUGAUAAAUGCUCCACCGUGCCCGGUCUUAACUGAUGGGGCUGUAUUCCUUUUCUUAUUUUCUUUAAUUUACCUAUUCUGCACGUCCUUCAGCAUGGAGGAGAGAGGAAGCCAUGUUACGGUGUCGCUUAUUUCCAACCCAUAGCUUCAAAGAGCCGUGGCCCGUAGCGGAGGUAACUCGUGUGGCUGCAGCUGCACGGCUGCGACCCAGUGUCCUCCCCGAGCUGUGCUCUUUCCUGCGCGUGUGUGCCCGCACACGUGCCACCAGGACACGUGAGGCCACGGCCACGACAGGUAGCAUGGCACUAAGCUGACCCACCCUGUGACUCUGUCCCAGCAAACGCUGGGAAACCCUGCUUUUUCUUCUGGAUUCACUGAGAAAAUGACGUUAGAGGGCUAACAGCUCUUGGGUAACGUGCCCUGCAGCCCCUUGCUGAGCGUGCAGGCGAUGGUCCUGUACAGGCGUUACCAGGCAGAGCCGGGUCGGGCGACUUGCACCGACACGGGCACUGGGGCACGUCCCGCGCUGCGGCCACCACCGCGCCACGCUGGAGAUGGAGCGCUCGGUGGCGGCGCAAGGCUGGGGACGCCAGCCGGGGAACCCUGUUGUGUCCCUCAGACCGAAACCCACUCUUGUCACAGGUACAUGUUACCGCAGCAUGACAAACAAAAAUGUCCGAAAGGAUCAAAACCAGUUAGUGUCGCUUUUCUGGUGGAGCUAAUGAGACUUGACGUGCAAACACUGAGUGAAAAGCAUGUCAAAGAGGUGCCUGCUGCCAGGAUUGCUCGCUUUGGCGUCGCGGCUGGCGUCGGCGUCAGCUCCGGCUGCGACAUCCUCUCGAUGCUCCGCUCGACCUCUGUCCUGCGGGAGGGCCCCGGGGCAGGAGCCAGGCUGAAGGGGCUGUGCGGGGCACCAACGCGGCGUUGCAGCGCGGGCGUGUGCGCGGGCAGAGAUUGACGUGCGUGCGUCUGUGUGUGUGCAGGCACGCUUGAGUCUCCUGGACCCUGGGGGGGGUCCUGCAGUAGCCCUGGCCACCACCCGGCCGGACCCCUGUGUCCAGGGUCUUCUGCUCUGCCCCGUCGAAGCGAGAUGGGAAAACGGCCGGUGGGCAUUUAGACCUGCCUUCCGCUUCGCUCAGCCCCGUGUGGGAAGGAACCUUGUCCUGGUUUUUCACUUUCUAGUGGCCUUUGUACAUUCUGAAAUUACAGAAACUCAUUUCAUUGCAAAUGGAAUUCCUUUCCAAGAAAAAAAAAAGAACAGGCUUUUUUUUUUUCUUAGAGACAAACUACUUUGUAUUAGGGACUUCUAGCAUCAAAGAAAUACAUAUCUAUUGUAUCCACCAAAGUCUGUAAUGCCUGCAUUGAAGCUUACUUCUUUAAAAAGAGAGGAAAACGAAAAGAGAGGGAGAGAAAUAAAAGCCUCCUCCCCUUGAAAAAUACAUACAAACAAAAAAAAACCUUACAAAAAAAAAAAAAACUCGUAAAAAUAACUGUUGAAUUGCCUUUGAAAGUAGGGGAUAACAUCUGUUGCAAAACAGAUGAAAAAAUGCUUCUUAAAAUGUGUAUGUUUUGUAUUCUUUUUUUCUAGUAGGAAAAGAACAGACUUGAAAUCUUGGUGUUUUUUCCUUAGUGCUGUGUGUUGCUUUUGUGUGUUAUAAUAUUUGAAUGUAAUUACAGCAGUGCCAAUUUGCCAAAGAUGUCGAACAUUAUUUGGGGGGUUUUUGUUUUGGGUUUUGUUUUGGGGAGCAAAAGGGGAGGUGGGCUGGGGAGCGGGGGUGCUAAGGCAUGGGUCAAAAGGGAGGGGCCGUUUGAAGGGGUUCUGUUGCAUUUAUUUGGUUUUUUCAAUUCUUUUUCUUGUCAAUACUGAAAUUUGUGAUUUUAUUCUAAGUUAAAUGGUUGACUGCAACACUUUUUAUUUUUAGAUUAGUUGAAGAAACAUGCAAUAAGAUUGGCGUAGUUCAAUAUCUGUGUGUCUUUUCAUGAGAGUGAC